UAAGAUGUGCAAAUAUACACGCUUGUUACAUCUCCCCUCUAUGUUGAACUUUUGAUUAUUAAACUAGGAAGUUGAAAGUUGUCAAGAUCAACAAAGAUGUAUUUUUGGUCAAAUGCAGACUUUCACACUUAAAGAUGGUCAUAUAUUAUUUGAUAGUGAACAUUUGCUCAAGGAUUGUGUCUUAGUGAUUAAGUCAGAAAAUCAGAAAACUGGGAUACAUUUUUUUCCAUGAUUUUCUAGUGUAUAUUGUUCACAUUUAUGAUAGGAUGGAAGUGUGCGAUAUAUUGUUGUCAAAUAAGGAAGUUGAGAAUGGAAAUCACGAGGAAAAAGCACCAUUUCUUAAAAGUGAAGGAGAUACCUCUGAUAGUGAGCCUGGAAAUGAACUCAUGUCUCGGGUCCUAAUUGAGCGUGAAAAAAUUCAUUUAGAUACACCUUUAUUCGAAUGUCGGGAACUUUCUGAAAUUCAGCAUGAAGCUGUGGAUGAUAAGAAUGAUAUUGAUGAAUCCGACAUUGAGACAGAGUAUGAUACCUUCAGUGCAAGAGAAUCACCUUUUGUACAUUAUGAAGAAACUAGACUGGCAUUAUACCCUGAUACUAAGAUUUACCACUGUGAACCAGUCUCUACUGUUAGGCGAAGAACAUCCUCUAACUCCGAAAGUGAAUGUGAAUUUGUUCGGCCAGUUAAUGAAGAUGGUGGUUGUGAUAAUGAAAGUAUGCAUACUAGUCUUGAGAAUGAUAAUUGUCCAGAAAGUGUAGAUGUUGAAGCAUCGGAUCAAGUUGAUAACACCGCUGUGCGCUAUAAACGUUUGAAAAGUGAAACUAAUCCAGCUGAUGAAAUAAUUGUUCCUCUUUAUACCAAACAGAAACAAGCACUGUUUGAUGAGUUCAAUAAAAAGGCAGCAGAGCGGUCUAUUUCUUCUGGCAUAUUUCGACCAUCACAUUUUUUGAAGCGUCAAAAAUUGAAAAAACAUUCGCUGUAUGAGAGAAGUUUUUCCGUGGAAGAAAAAUUCAAAGAUGUCUUAAAAGAAAUUAAAACCCACAAAAAGGAGUAUGAUGAGGAGACAAAAUGGAUUCGAGGGCACAUCAAGCGGAGAGAAUGUUCACAGUUUAUUGAAGAUCCAAAAAAAGAGCAAGCACCUGAGCUUGCAAAAAAGCGAUGCUACUGCGACUACCCCUACAGCAAACACAGUAAAGCGGCUCAGAGGGGGCAUGCAAAGGAAGAGACAUGGGACUACAGUAAACAUUCUAUGCGGAAAAUAACCAAUGCCUUUGGGGAAAUAGAGUUUGUGGGCUAUGGUGGAAAUGUUGGAAAGUAUGUGAGAGUAGACGUGGACACAAAGAUGUCAGACAUGCUGGAAUUGAUGAUGAAAGUUUGGGGGCUGGAUAAGCCCAACCUUCUCAUAUCUGUGACAGGGGGCGCUAAAAACUUCAAUAUGAGCAAACGACUCCGGGACACAUUCCGACGUGGGCUCAUGAAAACAGCUUUAACUACAGGUGCUUGGAUCGUAACGGGUGGAACACAUGCUGGAGUAAUGAAGCAUGUCGGGGAGGCAGUGAAGGAUUUUGGGAUUGCAUCGAUGAACAAAAACCCAGUCAUCUCCAUUGGAAUCGCGCCCUGGGGCUGUGUACAGAAUAAAGAGGCUCUUAUUGAUGAAGAGAGCAAGGGACUAUGGCCGGCAAAUUACCGAAUAGAGAAAGAGCAGCGCAAUAAAGAAAGUUUUCUGGAUCCGAAUCACUCCCAUUUUAUCCUCGUAGACAAUGCCACACAACACAAGUUCGCUGUUGAGAUUCCCUUCAGGGCAAAACUGGAGAAGGAAAUAGCCCAAAUCAAAACUGAGACGGGAGAAAAUGCAGUAUCAGUCCCUAUCAUUCUGCUAGUUCUCGAGGGUGGUCCUGGCACAUUAGAAACUGUUCACCAGGCGAUAUUGAACAACACGCCCACUGUUGUUGUGAAGAGCUCGGGUCGGGCAGCUGAUAUCCUCGCGUACGCCUAUCUAAAUGCGAAGGAAGAGGAAAUUGAAGCAAAGGACCAUGAAGGGAAAAGGCGAAAAACGAUGCGUCGAUACCUCGAGGACUCUGUUGAAAUCACGGUUAAGGAGAUGAUAGAACAUGAAUUCGGCAAUAAGGAUACGAUGACACACCUGGGACGUAUACGUGACUGCCUCAUGAAUAGCGACCUCAUGUCCGUGUAUGAAAUGGAAGGGAAAGGCGGGGUGAAGGAUAUUGAUGUUGCUAUUCUUCAGGCUCUAUUUAAAGCCAACAAGAACCAAGUCAUGGACCAGUUGAGGCUAGCCCUGGCCUGGAACAGAAUAGAUGUGGCAAAGAGUGACAUCUUCACAGAUGACAAGAGAUGGCCGACGGGCAAACUGGAUGAUGUCAUGUUCUCAGCCAUACAAUUGAACCGGGUCGACUUUAUUGAACUUUUCCUCGACCAUGGUGUGAGCGUCAAAGAGUUCCUAACAAAGAAAAGGCUUCUAAUGCUUUACAACAAGAUUCCAUCCAACUGUUUACUGCGAACCUUACUGGACAGAGUUAGAUUAAAGGAAGAUGAUCAAAGGCAUAACUUUUCACUGAACGACGUAGGAAUACUGAUCCAAGAGCUGAUGGGAGACACCUUCCUGCCCGUGUACAUGGCAUUACAAAAGUAUGCCCUACUUGACGUUGAUCAUAUCUUGGACCAAAAACCACCAAAGCCAAGUAAACAUGAAUGGCUAUUAACUGUUACAAAGGCUAUCACAGACCCUGCUGCCGGUCCUGUUGCCAAAAAUGAUAGAAACAGGAAAAGUGGAGAGAAGCCAUCCCCAGACUUUGACCAGCCAUUUCAGGACCUGUUUAUCUGGUCGAUACUGAUGAUACGUCAGGAUAUGGCAAAACUGUUCUGGGCUGAAGGCAAGGAUGCCAUAGCUGCAGCCUUAGUUGGUAACAACCUGCUCAAGUCCAUGUUAAAAAAGACAGAUGACACAGAGCUUGUCAAUGAAAUACAGAAAUGCAUGAAUGAAUGGUCGGAUUUAGGGCUAGGAGUCUUGUCAGAAUGUCACUCGACAGAUGAACACAAGGCGCAAGACCUGUUGGUACGGGAGCUAAGCAACUGGGGAGAGACCACGUGUAUGUUAAUUGCUGUGAAGGCAGACAACAAGGACUUCAUCUCGCAAACCGCAUGUCAGUCUCUGCUAAACAGGAUAUGGAAUGGCCGACUGGUUCAGGAUAACUCACUAUGGAGGCUCGUGUUGUGUUUGUUUUUCCCACCCUUGAUUUUCGUUCUGCUGGACUUCGCAAACCUGUCUGAUACAUGUAGCGCAUACGCUCAGCCGUCAGCGUUUAAAACUGGUGACAACAAUAUCAAAGAUUCCAACCAAGAUGCUCUCAACAAUAAGAUGACGAGACAGAAAUCUCGCAUGCAAAUGGCUCCAAUGGGAAGUCGGUUAUCAGUUAAUGUUGAUGAAACUGAAGAGAAGCUUAAAGCUGCUGAAGAGUGGAAGAUGACAGCAAGGGAUAAGUUCUACUACUUUUUCAACGCUCCUGUCAUCAUCUUUAUGUAUAAUGUGUGUUCCUACAUCGUAUUCCUCAGUCUGUACACGUACAUCCUCAUCUUCAACUUUGAGCCCCAAGUAUCCCUGGAAGAGAUUGUUCUCAUUAUCUGGGUGUUUGCAAUUACAACAGAGGAAGUCAGACAGAUUUUUCGAGAAAUUUACAUGAGUAAGAAAACAGAGAUGGUGACAAACUCUUCAACCACAUUAGCCACAAAAUUGCAAAGCUACAUCACUGACACUUGGAACGUUGUCGACACCUUGACCAUAGUGUUGUUUAUUAUUGGAGUUAUCUUGCGAUUCUUGCCUUAUGAGAGCACGUUUGAAGCUGCCAGGGUGUUUCUUGCUCUCAACUUUGUAACGUUUUUCCUGCGGUUGCUGCAUAUCUUCUCUGUUCACAAAGAACUGGGACCAAAACUUGUCAUGAUUGGCAAAAUGAUCCAGGACCUAAUGUACUUCCUAGUAAUCCUGAUGGUUUUCGUGUUCUCGUACGCGGUUGCCUCCCACUCCAUUCUGUAUCCCAACUCCCCGCUAACCUUAAAGACGGCCGUUCAGAUCAUCCGUAAAUCUUACUGGAACAUCUAUGGGGAGCUGUUCCUUGAAGAAAUUGAAGGUGAAGCUGACUGUACGUAUGAUGUUUCAUUGUGGAUGAACAGUACAAUGGCCAGGUGCCCGACGGACACAGGAAAGUGGGUAGUGCCGAUCAUGAUGGGCAUCUACAUGUUACUUGCCAAUGUGUUACUCCUGAACCUUCUCAUUGCAAUGUUCAGCAACACGUUCCAAAAAGUCCAGGACAACACAGACAAACAUUGGCACUUCCAGCGUUACUCUCUGAUCCACGAGUACUACACGCGGCCCGUACUCUUCCCUCCCCUUAUUCUUCUCUCGCAUAUAUUUUUGCUCCUCAGAUUUAUCUUUGAGUCAUGCUGUUGUAAGGCUAUGAAAAAACAACGGAGAGAAACCGAAAAUGAUUUCCGUCGGAAGUUUAAGAAUGAGCGCGAGUUGAUACAAUGGGAGAAUGUAAUUGCUGAUGCCUUUCACCAGAAACGGGAACUGGAAGAUGUACAGAGUCUUGAACACAAGGUGGAUAGCACACACAACAUUAUUCAUGACCUUGUGACCCGAAUUGAGGAGAUCCAGGAACAGCAGCAUGCGUUACCAUUGACAACUUCCCAGUCAUCGGAUGCAACUGAGAAUAGGGUUAUGCCUCUGUCACCUCAAAGCAUUGAAGUGAAGAUACCACCUAGACUGGAGAGCAGGCUGACCAGCAUGGAGAAACAGCUGGAAAGUACCCAGAAAUCCUUGGAGUGGAUAAUAUCGGCCCUGCAAAAGUCAAUGAAGGAGAAUAGACCCUCAGAACCAGCCCCAGAGGUCCUGUCUAGACAGAAAAUCAGAGAAGAAGAGCUUGCUGAGCAGACCAAAAAAAUGAUGGAUGAUCGUGCUGUGUUGGAGGAAUUGUUUGCACAGCGACUGAAGGUCCACUUUCGAUCUCGACAGUCACCCUAUCUGGGCUCAGACAUUGUUCGCUUUCAUGUACCAGAUGAUAAAGUGUCUUGGGAUACUGCAUAUCCAGAAUACAGCCCAAACAUCUAUACCGCUCCAGUUGUGCUCAGUCGACCACAGUGGGCAGAUCCAGAUAUAAUGCACAUGAAACCUCAGAGCAGAAUGGACACUAUUAGUUGCUUUAAUGACUAUGACCAAGUGUUUGGAGUAAAUCGGAAGAGUUUCCUUGGUACAUACAAAGUCGUAGAUGGGCUUCCUAUCAAUCCAAAAGGCAGAACUGGACUACAGAGUCGGGGCUUGCUUGGGCGAUGGGGUCCAAACAUUGCUGGGGACCCUGUGGUGUCAAGAUGGAAAGUGGAUGCUGAUGGUAACAAGGUCAUGUUAGAGGGAAAACCAGCCUUGGAGUUUGUUGCUGUUUUACGUACCGACAACCAGCAGUGGGCUCUUCCUGGGGCUAUUAUGCCGACAGAGGAGAGCAGGCCAGCUGACCAUCUACAAGGGGAGUUCACUCAGGAAGCUCUUGGUUCGCUGAAGUCUAAUAAGUCAUACCAGAAAAAACUGACCAAGCUGUGGAAGAAAGGGGUUAAGAUAUAUGAAGGGUACGCUGAUGAUCCCAGAAACACAGACAAUGCCUGGUUGGAAACAAAGGCUUUCAAUUACCAUGACGAUGAGGGUGAUAUCCUCAGAUUCUUCUCACUUAGAGCUGGGGAGAAUGUGUCACUGGCAUCCUGGUUGACUGUCUCUCACAAGCUGGCCAUGCAUGGCUCACACCUAUACUUAGUGAAACUGGCUGCGGAGAGACUAGGAGCAUACUUUUAAACCAGAUAGCAUUUUUAUAAAAUCUUACGUACUCAUUCUUCCAAAUUUGGACUAGUCAUUAUGUUAGUGUUAAAUUUCAUUGAAACAAAGAGAACCAAAUCUGUCUCUUAUGAAUGUUUGAUUGUUCUUCUGCACUUAGUCUAUUGAACACUUGAUAACAUAAUUAUGUGCUUUAGGGCAAACAUUUCUGUAGUUUAUUGAUGUGGUGUCAACAGAUAAAAUGUUUUUUUUUCAUUUUUGCAACCUUAAAUUAUGUCACAUCAUAAUUAAUAUCAUGGUUAUGUGGCCAUUUACCAAAAGAAGCAUUUAUAAGUUAUUAUAUAUAUGUGUUUAAGCACCAAAGUUGAAAACAGAGUUCAACAGACUAUAGAUUGGUACCUUGUGAUAGGUAUCUGUUACCUUGUUUAUGUUAAAUCAUGAUUACCCUUUCUGUUAAAGGAACUAGACACCAGAUGGUUCCAAAAUUGGCAAAUACAGUAUUUCCUCAAAACAAGGCUAGAAUUUUUCAAUAUGAGGCCAAUAAACAUAAUUUUACAUGAUUAAUGUUAUAUUUUGUUGCUGUCUCACCUGAGUUUACCUGUUUAAAAAUAGCGCAUAAUGGUUUCCCAGUUUAUAGAGCGUAUAAUUUUUAUUUAGCGUGUGAAAGUAAUGUGAUUAGUAUAGUACAGAUGCUAUUUUUAUAUUAACUGAGAUUUCCAUAGUACCAAACCAGGUAAAUUUUCGAUUUGCAAAAAUAUGCAAAAACUUUGUAAGGUGCUUGUUUUGUAAGCGAUGUGAUACAUCAAUAAUUGAGAUUCAAUGUGUGGACACAACGGUAUUAAUUUUAUGUAAGUCUUAACCAUUUCGUUUUUUUCUUGCAGUUGUAUCAUCUGGUGUCUAGUCCCUUUAAUGAUAUGGAGCCUUGUCUUCCUAUUAUUAUUAAUAAUAUGAUUUUGCUGUUGAAAAAAAAGAUUAUCAUUAGUCCUGACAUAAACUUCUAGUCUUUGGCAAUGUUCGUCAUGUAAACUACAUGUAGUAUCUAUAGAUUCCAUAACAUUGUACAUGUAGUUAUGUCUCUGACAAUAUAUUUCACCUAUAUUAGGCCUACAAAAUAUCCCUCUCCCUAACACCAGUUUUUAACUAAAAAAACCCACAAAAUCACACCAGUGGAUUAAAACUGUAUGUUACAUCGUCUUAAGAAAAGUUAUGGCUUGUAAAAAAGAGAGAAUAUUGUACAAAAAAACAAAUAAAUGGUAAAAAAACAUACAACAAGAAAAAAUGGAAGUUAUGAUUAUAUGGGGGGGGGGGCUGUCUUUGCAAAAGUUGAUUGUGUUGAUUAUUAUUAUUAUUGCUUUUUUAGCCAAAAUGGAAUGAUUUGGGGGGAAAAAUCAAGAUAACUUUUUUGGAGAUCAAUAACAUAAAUUUCUAUUGAAUUCUGCAAUUAUUAUGAUAGAUAUAUUUUAUUGUGUCUCAGACAGCUUUAUAUUUGUCAGUUUCUCGUAUUGUCAGUGCAUAAAUGGCUUUAAGAUUUUAUAAAUAAAAAAAAUCUUUUAAAUAAAAAAAACUGUGCUCCCUGCUCCUUAUUUUAAAAAUGUCCUUGAGAAACUAAAGGAUAAGUUUUAUGGCCUAAUUUCUGAAAAAGUAUAUCCACCAUGACACCCUGGAAGUGAAGUUAAGGCAUAAAAAUAUUACUUUGCUAGAUAUAAUUAUGCUUAUUUGCAUUUACUAACCUGAUUGUAUCUUAUGUAUUCUUAGAAAAAAAUAAACAAGUUUUUGUCUCAUUGUGACGUCUGUUAGGUAUUAUGUACUCAUAUUUAUUUUUUAUUUUGUUCUGGCAAAGCUCUGCUCGUGUUCUUUUAGUGUUUGCUUUUUAUUAAAUAUCAUACCAACAUUUAAUAGAUAACUUGUCAAGUUGUUAAAAGCAUUUAAAAUUAUUUUACAUAAUUGUACUCUAUUGUUUUAUGCUGCUUAGGACUUUUUGAAAUGUGUAAAAAAAAUUGUUGAAAUGAAAUUGAUUUUAGGCAAAUACACAUAAUUGAUUUUCUAUAUAUUUAUUUAUUCUUAUUUAUAUAAGAAUAAAUGUGUCUGAGUAUUUGUUAUUUCAGGACAUCCUCCUUAUAAACUCAUAUGGGAAGAUGUUAAUUUUAUAUUGCCCCUAGUUUAACUUAAACAAAAAGACAGCUGGAUCCAAGUGCCAAUUAAUGAUCUAUACUCAUUCUGUACAUACAUUGACCAUUGUCUAGUCUUACUGUAUUUAUUGAAGUAGCAUUCGUAUUUAAAAUCAAUAUAUACACAUGCAUCACAAACAUACAUUUUGAAUGAUAAAUCUUUAACAAUUUUUACUUACUAAAUUAUACAUUUAUGGAAAAUAUUUAUUACUAAUAACAAGAUUGUUACCAUGUAAUUAAAUAGCUGAAAUUGCACAGAUAUUAAAUGACUGGUGAGUGCUAAAAUAUUUACAGUGAUAACUGUCGUCUCAUAGGUUAAAUACCGUGUUUUCUGCACCUUUCUUUCAAAUUAAACACGGUAUCCUUCAUAAGAGCAAUUUUUUAUAUUAAUUAAUCUUUUUGGUAAAUCAAAUUAUUUUUUUUAAAUGUAGUAUAUCUUAUUUAGAGUAAGAGUGCAUCUUAAAAAAAUGUGGUAGGAUAUUUGGGUAAAUGUUUUAGUCAUCUACUUGGCAGAAAAACAACACCAACCCAUAGCCAUGUAAACCCCAAAUAUUCCCUUUACAAAUCUGCCCCUGGUAUCCGAUUUCCAGGUCAAUCCAUCUGAAGAGUUCAACCUCCCUUUAUAUGUUACAAAUCUUUGCUCAAAUUUUUGUUAUUGUAAUCAUUAAGCUCUAGAAAAUUACAUUUCUUUUGCUUAAUUUAUUAUUUGUUAAAUGUUUCUUAUAUUCAUUAAGGGGCUGACAACGUGACCGCCAGAUGAAGCUAAACAUAGAUUCAUUUUGGCAUGGCAUAAGAAACAAUUUCUGUACCAAGGUAUUAUGAUAUCUGUUUUAACCAUUUUUAUACAGAUUACAACUGGCCAGUGUUGAUUUUACCAAAUAUAUAUAUGAAUACAUAUUCUGGACAGUGUUUAUGGUUUUUAAAAUAAAUAUUAUGUUAUGUUAUAACAGAAAGAGUUUCAUAUUUUAACUUAUCCUGUUAAAACAAAUAUUUAUUUCACUGUGAUAUACUUCUUUAUAAGAAACAUGUUUACAAUGUUCAUUCCUGUUAUAAUCUCUGUAUUAUUUUAUGAACACGCAUUUCAUAACAAUAAAAAAAUUAAAUGCA